AUGAAGUUCACUACCGUCUUCGCUGUUGCCGCUCUGGCCAUUGGUCCUGUCAUGGCUGCCACCACGUCCACCUCCGUCUCCGGUUCCGUGUCUGGCACCACUGCUGCUGCCACUGCCAAGGCUACUUCGUCUUCUGCCUCUGCCUCCUCCUCCGCCUCCAAGGCCUCUGCCUCCUCCUCCUCCUCCGCCUCAAAGGCCUCUGCUUCUUCCUCUUCCUCCGCCUCAAAGGCCUCCGCUUCUGCCUCCUCCACAUCCAGCAAGGGCGCCGCCCCCACCAUGGGAGUCGAGAAGGUCGGAGCUUUCGGUCUUGCCGCCGCCGCUGUUGUCCUGGCUCUCUAA